GGCAGUUUGACUGAUUGCGCAAUGUGAGGAACAGGAAACGAACGAGCAUGGGGAAGUAACGGAGCACUGUGUGGGUGAAAGCAAAUGGUAAAGCGCGAAAAGGCUUUUUUAUGAGGAAGCACAAAGAUUGACGCGAUCAAAGGAUGACGUCAGUUGUGACAGACUGUUUGUGCGAUGCAGCAGAUGCAAACCACAAGGAAGAUGUUUACGCUAGGCUACGGAAAUUGAGACAGGAGCUGGCUGAACUUAGGUUGCACACUGGUCACGAUUAUUAUAAAAAACUGGCUGAGCUUGAAGCGGAGUGCUGUGACAAGGAUAGGGAGAUAGAGGCUUUGAAAGAAUGCUGCGAGAGGUUCCGAAAUGAGAUCGUGGCCUUGUUGGAAAUGGUACACAACAAUAAUGACGAAAAACUAGCUACUGGAGCAGACUGCAUCCCUCUUCGUGACUUGCCUCCAGCAGCAGGCGUCAUUCUGAAACAGGCUUCUCACAUUCGGCUUCGAUUGCGAGCCUUGGAGAGGCGUGCCGAGGGAGCCGAAGAGCAAGUUCACAACAUGUGCCUGCAGUUAUCCAGAAAGACCAUAGAACUGAACAAGCUGCAGCUGCUCUACUCAAACCAAACUUUGCGGUUGGUGGAGCUGUCAAGAUCUCAUAGCACUCAGGCUACAUCAGGAGUAUAUUCUGGCAGGUCUUCGAUGUCCUGCCCUCCUAGUGCCUUGUCGCCAAAGCUGAAUGCAUACGCCAGUUCGGAUAAUCUGGAUCACAGAUAGCAGAUUACGAAUACUUGUUAGGGGUCACAUGACCAUUCCAGUUAUCACUGAAGUGUUUCCUGGUCACUCAUAUUCAUUAUGGCAAGUUGCUGUUCAGCUGCGCAUCUUUAUCUGCACAUCUAGAGUAUUUACUGCUGUUGAUGCUUUUAGAGGCUUUAUAUUUUGUACUGUGCAUUCCCUUGAGAGCAGAAUGAACUCGCAUGUGGCAACAAUCUUCUGUACCACUUCAAUACCACCAUGUCUACCUUUGAGGCAGACCUUGUUACAUUUGCUUUCACUUUUAAUAAAGAUAUAUGCAUUUUU